AUAUUGUCGUGACGUUUAUCCACCACCAUCAGCUGCUUUGCCCCUGCAGCUUAAAACAGCAGUGAUUUUUCCACCUUGAGAUAUCCACUUUGAUUCCAUCCACAUCUCUUUUUGUUGCUCCUGUCUCUGAUUCUCUGUAUCUGUUCCCGUCCCGCUUGGUUCUUGUCCCUAACAUGCAGAAAAGAAAGAAGCCAGAACCGAUCCAGCUGAACCCGAUUCCAGAUGGAAACACUAUCAACGGAACAGGAGCCUCAGAAACAAACUUGGAGGCUUUGCAGAAAAAGCUGGAGGAGCUUGAGUUGGACGAGCAGCAACGGAAACGCUUGGAGGCCUUCCUGACACAGAAGCAGAAAGUGGGAGAGCUGAAGGAUGAUGACUUUGAGAAGAUCUGCGAGCUCGGCGCAGGCAACGGAGGCGUUGUUUUUAAGGUCUCACAUCGACCAUCCGGUCUGAUUAUGGCCAGGAAGCUGAUCCACCUGGAGAUUAAGCCAGCCAUCAGGAACCAGAUUAUCCGGGAGCUGCAGGUGCUACAUGAGUGUAACUCUCCGUACAUAGUGGGCUUCUAUGGUGCGUUUUACAGCGAUGGAGAAAUCAGCAUCUGCAUGGAGCACAUGGAUGGUGGCUCUCUAGACCAGUCACUGAAGAAAGCAGGCAAAAUCCCAGAGGAGAUUCUUGGCAAAGUCAGCAUUGCUGUCAUCAAAGGUCUUUCCUACCUGCGUGAGAAGCACAAGAUCAUGCAUAGAGAUGUCAAGCCUUCUAACAUCCUGGUGAAUUCCCGUGGUGAGAUCAAGCUGUGUGACUUUGGAGUGAGCGGACAGCUCAUAGACUCCAUGGCCAACUCCUUUGUGGGAACUCGUUCUUACAUGUCGCCAGAGCGUCUGCAGGGAACACAUUACUCUGUUCAGUCAGACAUCUGGAGUAUGGGUCUGUCUUUGGUGGAAAUGGCCAUCGGACGCUUCCCUAUCCCUCCACCUGAUUCCAAGGAACUGGAGCAGAUCUUUGGAUUUCCAGUGGAAGGGGAGGCAGCCUCCAGCAGUCCCCGAAAACCGUGCCCCCCUGGACGUACGGGCAGCUCGUAUGGACCAAACAGCAGACCACCAAUGGCUAUAUUUGAGCUACUCGAUUACAUAGUUAAUGAGCCCCCACCAAAGCUCCCUGCAAUAUUUAGCGCUGAAUUCCAGGAGUUUGUGAAUAAAUGCCUGAUUAAGAAUCCUGCAGAGAGAGCAGACUUAAAGCAGCUGAUGGUGCAUCCUUUUAUCAAACAAUCCGAGGCAGAAGAGGUGGACUUUGCUGGCUGGCUCUGCAGCACCAUUGGACUCAGUCAGCCUGCGACACCCACCCAUGGCACCAGCAUGUGAGACUGUCGACUGCAAAGCCAUAACCAGACCAAUCAAAAAGACGUUUUGGUUGCUUUUUAUUAUUGCUAAGUGUUUCCAAAGUGGGCAGUGUGUUAAUCUUACAGGUGCAUCUCAAUAAAUUCAGAAAUUAUGAAAAGUUAAUUUCCAUUAUUUAAGUCAUGAAGUGAAACUCAGACUCAUUACACAGAGGAACGUGUUUAAACACUUUUCUGAUGUUUAUGGAUUACAGCUGAUAAAAACCCAAUAUGUUUAUCAAAAAACUGAAUGUAAGACAAGAGCAUGUCUAUGCACCAUUCAGUAUGCACUCAACACUUGAAGAGCUUUUUGUGCAGAUUACAUGGCUCUAAAGAGGUGUUUAAGGAAUACAGGUUGCUUUAAUAGCGACUUUCAGAUCAUUUGCAUCGCUUGGUUUGAUGUCUCUCAAUGCUCUAGUUCUGGUUAGUUUGCUGAGCAGUCAAACACAGUGAGACCAUGGUCAUUAAAGCAGAAAUUAGUCCUGCAGAUAUUUUAAGAAGCUCAUCAGCAGAAGGAAUCAUGAAGUUGUUCUGAAAUGUUCCUGGUUGACGGCUGAGAUGACCUUGGACCUGUAGACCUGUAGAGCUCCAGUAGAGCAGCUGCUUUCUGUUCCAAUGCAAG